AUGAAGUUCCCAACCAUCCUCAGGGCUGUGCCCCUACUUUCGUCUCUCCUUUUCCCCAUUGCUUCUGCCCAGACCGGCUCUUACUACACCGAUGCAGACACCGGUAUCAAGUUCUGGGAGUACACCAUCCCGGAGGCCCAGACCACUGGUGGUUUCAAGUUCGGUAUGGCUCUGCCCGGUGAGGCCGGCGGUACCAACGAUGAGUACAUCGGCCACAUGGUCGGUGCUAUCCAGGAGGGUGCCGGUUGGUCGGGUAUCUCCCACGGUGGUGGUAUGACUUCUGCUCUGCUCCUGCUUGCCUGGGCCGACGGCGACGAGGUCAAGACUUCGUUCCGCUACGCCAGUGGCUACACCACCCCCGAGAUCUACACCGGCAAUGCCACUGUCUCCGAGAUCUCCCACAAGGUCAACGAGACCCAUUUCGAACUCAUCUACCGCUGCACCUGGUGUUGGGCCUGGAACCACAACGGUGCAACUGGCUCGCAGCUGCCUACCGGUACGGUCGAAGUCAUUGGCUGGGUCCAAGCCAACGACUCUCCUAGCCCUGUCGAUGACCCCGCUGGUACCAUUGUUCAGCACGACAAUGGUAUGGGUCAGUAUGGCCACAUUAUUGCCAGCGCUAGGAACACUGCCUACACCAGCUGGGCUUCCUCGGCCACCUCGGUGCCCACCACCACUGCUGCUCCCAACGGCACUGCCACCGCCACCUCUGCCCCUGUUGCCAGCUGCACGGCCACUAACGUCCCCACCGACACCUAUGACUACAUCAUCGUCGGUGCCGGCGCUGGUGGUAUCCCGCUUGCCGACAGGCUGAGCGAGUCCGGCAAGAGUGUGCUUCUGAUCGAGAGGGGUCCUCCCUCCUCCGGCCGCUGGGUCGAGGGUGACAUGCCCUUCUCCAACUGGAGGCCUGAGUGGCUCGAUGGCACCAACUUGACUCGCUUUGACGUGCCCGGUCUCUGCAACCAGAUUUGGCAGGACUCUGCCAACAUUGCUUGCAACGACAUUGACCAGAUGGCCGGUUGCGUUCUUGGUGGCGGUACCGCUGUCAACGCUGCUUUGUGGUGGAAGGCCCCCGCUAUCGACUGGGACUACAACUUCCCGACUGGCUGGAAAUCGACCGAUAUGCAGUCUGCUGUUGACAAGGUCUUCGAUGUGAUUCCCGGCACUGAUCACCCCUCCACGGAUGGCGAGCUCUACUACCAGGAGGGCUUCAAUGUUCUCCAGAACGCGCUUUCGGCUGCCAACUGGAAGCAGGUCACUGCCAACGACUCUCCUGACCAGAAGAACAAGACUUUCUCCCUCGCUCCUUUCAUGUAUGCCAACGGUGAGCGUGGUGGCCCGAUGGGCACCUACCUUGUGAACGCGGCCGCCCGUAGCAACUUCAAGCUUUGGAUGAACACGUCCGUCCGCCGCCUUGUUCGCAACGGUGGCCACGUUACCGGUGUUGAGGUUCAGUCCAACGGCGAUGGCGGCUACUGCGGUACCGUUAAUGUCACUGCCAGCUCUGGUCGUGUCAUCCUCUCUGCCGGUACCUUCGGCACCACCAAGAUUCUGUUCCGCAGUGGCAUUGGCCCCCAGGAGCAGCUCACGGUUGUCAACGCUAGCACCAUCGAUGGUGACACGAUGAUCGACGAGAGCCAGUGGAUCAACCUUCCUGUUGGCCACAACCUCGAUGACCACACCAACACCGACGUCCAGAUCACCCACCCGAACGUUACCUUCUACGACUUUUACGGCGCCUGGAAGGCUCCCAUCGAGGCAGACAAGGAGGCGUACCUGAACGGCCGCACUGGCAUCCUGACUACCUCCGCUCCCAACAUCGGCCCCGUCAUCUGGGAUGAGAUCACCGGCAGCGACGGCAUUGCUCGCCAGAUCCAGUGGACUGCUCGCGUCGAGGGUGACACCAACACCUCGAUGACCAUCUCCCAGUACCUGGGCCGUGGUUCCACCUCUCGCGGUGUGCUCUCCAUCACUUCGGGUCUGGGCAUGCAAGUCUCCACCGUGCCUUACCUGCGCUCCGACGAGGACAAGGCCGCCGUCGUCCAGGGUAUCAAGAACCUGAUGACGGCGCUCUCCAAGGACCCGAGCAUCGUCUUCACCCAGCCCCCCGCCAACACCACCGUUGAGGAAUACGUCGAUGCCAUGCCCGUCACGACGUCCAAGCGCCGCGCCAACCACUGGAUGGGCACGGCCAAGAUGGGCACCGACAGCGGCCUGGUCAACUCCGGCACGUCUGUCGUCGACCUCAACACGCGCGUCUACGGCACCGACAACCUCUACGUCGUCGACGCGUCCAUCUUCCCCGGCAUGGUCACGACCAACCCGUCCGCCCUCAUCGUCGCCGUCGCCGAGAAGGCCGCCGAGAAGAUCCUGGCUUCCGAGCCUGCUGAGGCAGUUAAGAAAUACUACCAAUGCGGCGGUCGCAACUGGACCGGCUCGAGACAUUGCGAGGAGGGCCUGACGUGCACGGCGUACGAGGGCAAUGUGGACUACAUGCAGUGCGUGUAA